AUUUUAGCCACUACUUACGACUUACUAGUGACGCAAAGCAAGCUCAUAUCAGUGAUUGUUAGAUUUAAAGUAUUUGAUAACAAUGAAAAGCCUCAAGCCACGAGUGGGAAUUCCUCAGCUCUCUUCAAAGAACAAAAACCCACAGGACUCUACGUCCCCUCAACAACAGUCUGCUAUUGCCACUACCGGGCAGAUUGCUUCUUUGCCAUCUAAGCCUGGUGCUUCCCCUGCAAAAACUGCCCUGGCUCCUAAUCGAGACAGCAAGCCCUUUAAUACUGCCACUGCUGGCCUGCCACACUCCUCUACUUCACUAUCACUAAAGUUAAAGGACGUUUUCAAUCCUCGACCUGCUAUCCCCUCUGUUGUCCCUGCUCCCCAGAAAAACUCUUUGGUUGCACAGUCUACAGUGCCUGUUGCGCCUAAAAUGGACGAUGUUGUCAUGGUUUCUCGCAACUCUGCUACCUCUUCUACCAACACCGCUCCUAUGAUGCACAAGGUCGAUAAGCUCGAAGUUCCAAAGAGCGGCGCGCUAAAUCGUAUCAAGAAUGGUGCUGGCAAGGACAUUCCUGUCUCGACAAAGGCUCCGCGUCGUCAACGAUCUUCUAGAUUUCAUAUCACUGAAAAGGUCGAGUUGGAAAAGCUGCCCGUCUUCAAAGAUGUUUCCACUGCAGAGCGUCAGGAUCUUUUUGUUCAGAAAAUUCAGCAGUGCAACGUAUUGUUUGACUUUAAUGAAGCACUAUCAGAUCUUAAAUGCAAGGAAAUCAAAAGACAGACACUCGCCGAGUUGGUUGACUACGUUUCCAACAACAGAAGUGUCAUUACUGAAGCAGUCUACCCAGAAAUUAUGAACAUGUUUGCUACAAACCUUUUUCGCACACUCCCUCCUCAAGUCAAUCCAUCUGGAGACGCUUUUGAUCCCGAAGAAGACGAACCCGUUUUGGAAUCAGCUUGGCCUCAUCUCCAGAUUGUCUAUGAAUUUUUUUUGCGAUUUAUCGAAUCUCCCGACUUUAACACUAAUAUUGCCAAAAAGUACAUUGACCAGCAUUUUGUACUUGAGCUACUUGACCUGUUUGAUAGCGAAGACCCUCGCGAGCGUGACUUUCUCAAGACCACCCUACAUCGUAUUUACGGAAAGUUUCUAAACUUGCGGGCUUUUAUUCGUAGGUCCAUCAACAAUGCCUUUUUCUUGUUUAUAUAUGAAGACGAAAGACACAAUGGAAUCGCCGAAAUGCUGGAAAUUUUGGGAAGUAUUAUCAAUGGAUUUGCACUCCCUUUGAAAGAGGAACAUAAAGUCUUUCUGACGCGAGUUCUCCUCCCCUUGCACAAGGCCAAGUCGCUCACGCUAUAUCACCCACAACUUGCAUACUGUGUGGUGCAAUUUCUCGAAAAAGACCCCACACUUACCGAAGAGGUCGUGGUGGGUCUUUUACGUUUUUGGCCAAAGGUCAACUCUCCUAAAGAAGUAAUGUUUUUGAACGAGUGCGAGGAAAUCCUUGAUAUCAUGGAGCACACCGAGUUUGUCAAAAUACAAGUUCCUCUUUUUCAACAAAUCUCUCGCUGCGUCUCCAGCCCGCACUUUCAAGUGGCCGAACGUGCCCUGUAUUACUGGAACAACGACUAUAUUGUCAACAUGAUUAAUGACAAUGUAUCAGCUAUCCUCCCAAUUAUGUUUGCCUCAUUGUAUCGCAACUCAAAAACUCAUUGGAACAGAACCAUCCAUGGGUUAGUGUAUAAUGCACUAAAAUUGUUCAUGGAGAUGAGCCCUAAACUAUUUGAUGACUGUACCAACCGCUACAAGAUGAAUCGGCAACUAGAACGAAAGAAGCAAAAAGAUCGUGAAGACAUAUGGGCAAGGAUUGAAUUGGAUGCAGCAGCAAAUGCAUCUAAACUAACAACCAAUUCUGCUCGUCCGAGUACUGUUCGGGUUCAAGCACCAUCAUAUGCUUCCUUUUCGCCCACAAUUGGAGCACCAGCCGAUCAAGCUGAUACUAUUAUGGAGGAUGGCUCGAAAAAUGAAACAGUCGAAAAUGACAAUCUUUCAAAGGACCUUCAAACGUUUCAAGAACGGCCACAACCUCAACGAUUUAGGAGAAAAUCCGUUCUCCCAGUGGAUGAAUCCGUUCUAUCUGAACUUUCUCGACAUAAAUCAUUGGAAGAUCUUAUUCAUAGCAAAGCGACUAAUCCUCAACCAGAAUAACUCUGUUCAUCUGAAAUUUAAUUUGUCAAGGGUUGAUCGUUAAAAUAAGGGUGAUUUGUUACUCGGUCAUUUUCAGCUUCUGGUCAGUGCCUUGGACCAAUUCAACUCUCUAAAGCAUCUUUUUGUUUAAAACCGAUGCUCUUCAGAAUAUUCACUCUUUAACAAAAAAAUCACUGGAAAAGUUUAUGAAUCUU